AUGGGCAAAGAAAAUCCUUUUGAACAAAACGUCGCCAUUCAGCAACAGGGUGAAAUAGGCCGAUUCGUGCAUUCGCCAAUGGCAAGAAGCAAAUCCUCCAUGAUCAUUGCCAUGGACUUUUCUUUGGAUAACUCUCCAUCGAUGGAUCGGACUUCCCAAACAAAUUUCAUUUUGAAUAGCAGUGACAUAUAUGAACCCCUUCCUAUCACAGCUACUAGUAUUCAUGAAGAAGAUAGGCCUGGUGGGGUGGGUAUUCAUUCUUUCAUUACUCUAGCGAGUACAAAAUUGGAUUCUCUCCCCGAGAUUGACGAUGAUGCCAUCCUGUUCGAUCGUCUCGCCGAAGUCUGCAGUCUUGGUACUAUCGCUUCUUCCAUCAAGCGUGCCUCACCGAUAGAAGGAAUGUGUCAUUCGGAGGAACCACUUCGCAAGAAGCAGAAACAUGUUGAUGCGGAAAGCGAAGAUGAAUCAUGUCCUCGCUUCAGACCUUAUCAGCAAAAACAUUGGGAUGAACAGUUCGAAGGCCUCUUGACUUUUCGUGCGGACAGAGGACAUUGCUGUGUUCCUCAUGACUAUGAGAACAACAAACUGUUAUCACGUUGGGUUCGACGGCAACGCUAUCAAUACAAACUGAAGCAAGAGAAUAAGAAAUCUACAAUGACUGAUGCUCGCAUCCUCAAGCUGAAUAACAUUGGAUUCGUAUGGGAUUCACAUGCAGCCACUUGGUCCGAGCGGCUCUCAGAGCUCACGGACUAUCUACGUAAAACAGGAAACUGCAACGUUCCAGCGACAUACCCUCCCAACCCCCCGCUAUCCACUUGGGUGAAGUGCCAAAGGAGGCAAUACAAACUUUUCAACAAGGGACUGCCCAGUAAUAUGACAAUGGAGCGAGUAGAGGCUUUGGGUAUGCUUGGAUUUGAAUGGGACCGAAGCAACGGCAAGCGCAAUCGCCGACAAACGAACCCGAAAUCGAAUGUCUUCUGCGCGCUCACCGAAGAACUCUAG